AUGAGAAGAGCGGUGGUGCUCUGCGUCACUGCUGUAGGAGAGAAGCUCAAACCGGUGCUGAUAUUAAAAAAGAAUCUAAUGCCCAAAGAGGAUUCCCCUCCCGAUGUCGUGGUGAAGGUGGAUGAAAACGGGUGGAUGAACGACACCCUCAUCGUUGAAUGGUUAAUUCGGGAUAAUACCACGAAAUAUUGCCAGCCGCUCGAUUUGAGCGUAAAAAAAGUCUUUAAAGACAACUUCGGGAGACUUCGGGAGGACUGGAUGUCAAACGAGGAGAACGCCUCCUACACCAAGAGUGAUCGUCGGGAACGCUUGAGCUAUGCUGAGAUCGCUACCCUUGUCAGGGACGCUUUCGAAGCCGGUUCGAUCGAGAGUAUCGUCAGCGGUUUUGACAAGGCCUUCAGUCUCGAAGUAGUGGACUUAUUCAAUUCCGAUUCGGGCGAUGAGAUCGAUGCGGAGAGUUUCGAUGAGAGCGAUACUUUGGAGGACUGA